GCACUCGGUGGCGCCGCGGGGCAGGCAUGGGAGCCGCGCGCGCCCUCCCGGAGCCCACACCUGUCUGAGCGGCGCAGCGAGCCGCGGCCCGGGCGGGCUGCUCGGCGCGGAAGGGUGUUCAGCAUGGCGGGAAUUCCAGGACUACUCAUCCUUCUCCUCUUCCUCCUGCUCUGUGCUGUUGGACAGGUGAGCCCUUACACCGCCCCCUGGAAACCCACAUGGCCCGCCUACCGCCUCCCUGUCAUCUUGCCCCAGUCUACCCUCAACUUAGCCAAGCCAGACUUUGGAGCCGAAGCAAAGUUGGAAGUAUCCUCCUCAUGUGGACCUCAGUGUCAUAAGGGAAGUCCACUGCCCACAUAUGAAGAGGCCAAGCAAUACCUGUCGUACGAAACGCUCUAUGCUAAUGGCAGCCGCACCGAGACGAGGGUGGGCAUUUAUGUCCUCAGCAGUGGUAGAGGGGGUGCCCAACACCAAGACUCAGGGUCUUCAGGGAAGUCUCGGAGGAAGCGGCAGAUUUAUGGCUAUGACAGCAGGUUCAGCAUUUUUGGGAAGGACUUCCUGCUCAACUACCCCUUUUCAACAUCAGUCAAGUUGUCAACAGGCUGCACUGGCACUUUGGUGGCAGAAAAACAUGUCCUCACAGCUGCUCACUGUAUUCAUGAUGGAAAGACCUAUGUAAAAGGAACACAGAAACUUCGAGUGGGCUUCCUUAAGCCCAAGUUUAAAGAUGGCAGCCGAGGAGCAAACCACUCAAACUCAGGCAUUCCCGAGAAGAUGAAGUUUCAAUGGAUCCGUGUAAAACGCACUCACGUGCCCAAGGGUUGGAUCAAAGGCAAUGCCAAUGACAUUGGCAUGGAUUAUGACUAUGCUCUCUUGGAACUCAAAAAGCCCCACAAGAGGAAGUUCAUGAAGAUUGGGGUGAGCCCUCCCGCUAAACAGCUGCCGGGGGGCAGAAUCCAUUUCUCUGGUUAUGACAAUGACCGACCAGGCAAUUUAGUGUACCGCUUUUGUGAUGUCAAAGAUGAGACCUACGACCUGCUCUACCAGCAGUGUGAUGCCCAGCCCGGGGCCAGUGGCUCAGGAGUCUAUGUAAGGAUGUGGAAGAGACAGCAGCAGAAGUGGGAGCGAAAAAUUAUUGGCAUCUUUUCAGGGCACCAGUGGGUGGACAUGAAUGGUUCACCGCAAGAUUUCAAUGUGGCUGUUAGAAUCACCCCUCUCAAAUAUGCCCAGAUUUGCUACUGGAUUAAAGGGAAUUACCUGGAUUGUAGAGAGGGAUGACACAGUUUUCCCUCCUGACAAAGCUCAGUGAUCUUUGUGUACUUAUUGUAGGAGAAGGCCACAUUUUGUCAGUGUGUGUGUGUGUGUGUGUGUGUGUGUGUGUGUGUGUGUGGGUGGGUGUGUGUGUGAGAGAGAGAGAGAGAGAGAGAGAGAGGUGUCAAAUAGUAUAUUUUACUUAAUUUCUUAAAAUUGCAAGAUGACUGGCUUUAUUAUUUCAACAGGUUUGUGUAUCAUGUCCUAUCACUUAAGCAGUUUGAAGACAUCCUUUUACAUUAGAAAAAAAAAUUGAUGCCUGAAGCAAUGGGGGAAUACUUGGCAUCUAAGUUAAUCUUUUACUUCUUGAGAAUUUUGUUUUUUAAUUUUUAUUUCUCUUGAACUUGUUUCAAAGGUUUAUAUUAAAUAUAUGGAGU